AUGUCGGCCCCCCGGACGAAGAGGCCCUUUGCGGGCGCCGCCGCCGACCCGUACCAGCGCCAAAUCACUUCCUUCUUCCCUGCCUCGGCCGCCGGCCCGUCGUCGCCGUCUGCCACCGCCCCGGCAUCGCGCCACCCGGUCCUCCCCGCCAGCGUCCAGGCAAACCUGCUCAGCGUCGGCAUGCGCGUGCGCAAGUCGGUUCCCGAGGGCUACCGGACGACGGGCCCGAGCGCCUUCAAGCUGUGGACCGACAUGCCGCGCGAGCUGCUCCCCUUCUGUGGCAUCAACAAAGUUGGCGGGCUAGGCACGCAGCCCGAGACUGGCGGCUUCGACGACGACGACGUCCCUAACAUGGAUGCCGUCCCCGGGUUGACCCUCUCGCAAGAGAGCGUCGAGAGCCAUGCCUCUGAACCCUCGCGGAAACGCAUAUUCGACGAUGACGACGACGACGACGCCGCCUCGACAGUCGCAGGCCUCCACUCCAACAAGGGCUGGGAUGCCAACAGCGGCAAUGCCCGCCUCAUGGCCACUCCGCGCCGCUCCCGCACGGCAAAGAGCCUCCCGCUCGAGGACAUGGGCCAGGAGAACAUGGCCGUCGACGAGGACUUUGAAGAGGCCCCCUUUCUCGUCUUUGGGGAAGGCAGGGACAUGGAUCUUUCGCGAUGA